ACUCGGGUCGACAUUAAGUGUCUGCAUAAUGAAAGUGCAUAGGGUCGGUUUGGCUCAGAAUGCAGAGGAAACUCCUGCAAAAGAUAAUAGUCAUGGUAGCAAAGCAGGUGUAUUCCAAAAUGUUUUUAAAGAGUUCGCUCAGCGGAGUACAAUUCAUGGAUUGCCCUAUUUAGGAGACCAGAAAUUACACCAUUUCGAACGUUUUUGGUGGUUUCUUUUGCUGAUUGUAUCGAUUGUCGGCUCAACUAUCUUUAUCCAUCGUACGUACGAAAAAUGGAAUGAAAAUCCGAUCAUCAUCAGUUUGGCAACGAAACCGACUUCCGUGUGGCACAUACCUUUUCCGGCAAUCACAAUUUGUCCACAGAAAAAAAUCAAAUCCGAGUAUUUGAACACAACGGACGUUAUUGUAAACCUUUUUGACUAUCAGAACGCGACGACCGAAGAACUCAGGCUUCUAGAGACAAUCUUUCAGUUACUAGAAACCACCCUCAAGGCUCCAAUCGACGUUCAGAACGUUUCAUUAUCUUCAAAUGACUUAACUGAAAUGAUGAAGAAAAUUGCACCAACUCCAGGCGAUACAAUAGCGUCUUGUAUAAGUAAUGUGUACACUCCAACAUGUGGAAGAACCGUUCUAACAGCCAAUGGUGUUUGUUUCUCGGUUAACAUGCUUAACGCUCGCGACUUAUACCGAGAGGGCAUUAUUCACAACGAUGAGGAACCCCAAGAAAUGGAGGAACUGCAAUGGACGCGAGAUGGUGGUUUCAUCGCAGAUCAAUGGAUAGAUACUAGAACUGCUAUGUAUCCGUAUCGAUCGUAUCACCAUCCGAGUGUCGAUGCAAUGAAGUUGGUUUUGAAAAAUUACAAGGAAUUCAUUCAGGACAGGGAACCCUACCAAACCGGAUACACAUUUUUGUUGCAUGCGCCCGACGAUGUGCCAAACUUUCACUGGCGCACUUAUCAACGUUCCAUUCGUGAUAUGAAGGAUGUAACUGUUCUCAUAAUACCGAAAGUGAUCACUACCACAAAUGAACUGCGAAGCUAUAGGUCGGAACGGCGAUCGUGUUACUACACAGAUGAACGAUAUCUGAAAUUUUAUAAAAUUUACACGCAGAACAAUUGCGAGUUGGAGUGUCUGACGAACUUCACUCUGACUUAUUGCGGUUGUGUUAAGUUUUCGAUGCCACGAGUUGCAACGACGGACAUAUGCGGUAUUCCGAAAAUUGAUUGUGUACGCGAAGCAUCCAUGAUAUACUUUGCGCCAACGUCGAAGAAUGCUAGCAGUAUGUCCAGAGUUAACAACUGCAACUGUCUACCAUCGUGCACACAAAUCACGUAUAGUGCCGAGGUCACUUCGGCGGUUCGGCAUUUUAUUCCGAAAGCUGUGACUGAUCAGUUUAGGAUGUUUUUCACCUACAAAAGUCCAACAUUUGAGGCUGCUGUUCGUUCGGAGAAUUUUGGAAUGAGUGACUUUGUAGCCGGUUGUGGCGGAUUGCUUGGCUUGUUUAUGGGAAUAUCCGUUCUAAGCGUACUGGAAAUUGUCUACUUCUUUACAAUCCAUUUGAUUGUCAAUGUUAAGAAGAAAUAAUUAAAUUUUCAUCAGGAAAUCAUUGAAAUAUUGAAUUUUUAUUAAAUGCGUCAGGC